GCACAGAGUCUCGAUAACAUGAGAAGUCAACACUGGAUGCCUUAAGCAAAACAAUUAAAACCUCUCUGUGUCUUAAUUUUUUAUAGGGUUUAUUUUUUGACCUGUUUUUGCAGGAAUCUUUAGGGAAGAGAUAAGACUAAAGACAGGAGUUUGUUUUUGCACGGGGUUUUCUGGACCGUGUGUGUUUGUUUUCAGGAAUAAAUGAUCACCUCAACCAGAAGAGUGUCCCCAGAUAAAUCUGAAGUUAGAAUUGCCUUCAGCCUUAGCCAAACAACAGAUGUAAAAGAUGACGAUGACCUCCAAAACAAUUUCCCUGAUCUUGAACGGCGCUUGCAGCCAGUGCCCCCUUGUGUUUCUCUAAGGGAGAGCGUUCAGGUGUACAGGGAGCACUGCAGAAUGGCCAAAGAGUUUCAUCAAGUCAAACAUGAAAUAUCUGUCCUUGAAGACCGCAAGCGUAAGCUCCUGGCAGAGCUGGUGGAGGAUGAGCAGGUUGCUAUGGAGAUCGCCCGGUUGGAGGAGGAGUUUCGGCGUCUUGUGGAAGAAAACCGCACCCUUGUGACAGUCCACACUGAGCGCGCCCAGCAGCUGGAGAUGCUCUGCAUGACCAAUCGGAUAAGGCGGGACUCGUCGUGACCUCUGACCUCCGCAGGACCUGACACCUUCAGAUAUCGUGAUGUGCUGAAAAGCCACUCUCUUCUCUGUGAAUAAGCUACUCAGACACCUCUUUACCACCCUCGUUUGGGCUCAUCAUACAAGAAAACAUAGUGUACAUGUUCAUAUUUAAAGUUAGAGUUGGUGGUUAUGGGGGAGUAUCCCAUGUGCAUUCUUGGGUCAGGCCAUGACUCUAGUCUGUAUGUUUCUGCUGUAUGUGACUCAGAUCAUAUACCCAUCGUUUUUUAUUACAUUUUUAAUCCAAGAAGAUGUGUUCUAUCUUUAGCCCAAGGACUGGUUUGACACAAAAAAAACUGGUUUAACUUAGUAUCAUCAUUCAUUGUUUAAAAGUAUUGAAAGAGCCAAAAGUAAAUUACAUAAUAACAUUUAAAAAAAAAAAAAUCCUCUUGACAUUUUUUUUUUUAAAUUUAAAGCAAUGCUUAUUCCUACAGGAUAAAUGUAAACAUGUUCCCAAGUAUCCAAUGUCAUCCCCAUAAAGUAAGUAUGAAUCUUUGUUAUUCCAACAGUGGAACUCGUACUGUUUUUGUUUUUCUGUAAGUGUGUAAGCGUUAUGUUGACAUAACUUUAUCAGCUACUGUGAUAUUCAGGUCCUGUGGAGAUUAAACUUAUACUGUCAGUGUAUGAUGUGGUCCAAAUGUUCAAUCCUAACACUGCUGCGCACUGCUUUGGCGCUGGACUUUUGUUUUAUAAAAAGAGAAUUCAAAGUUUUCAUGAGGAACAUCAAAAAGAAGAAGGAUGGUUGUUUUACAAGAGUUGUACAUUUCUGUCAUGUGUCUUUACAUGGCAGUGAAGGGGAAGUUAAUCUCAAACCCAAACAGUGCAUCUAUUAAUAAAGUGAAUUUUUGUUUUGCUGAUUGUGUCGCUUCCUUUGUUUCAUUUCUCUAAAUUUGUUGAGAU